AUAGAAGACGACCGUGUGAUACCAGCGAUAGGAGGCAAACCACCACGAACGCCAACUCGUCGUACACCGUCCAGGCACUCUACAUCCAAUUACGACCCGGCUGCUUCAGUGGAGAAUCACCAGUCAAGAGAAGGUUCUCGUGCAUCGCACAGAAGCGAGGAAAGACCACCAUCUAUAGCAAGGCAGACAGAUUCUCGUGCUUCUCGUCGCAGCGAUGGGAGGUCCCCUUCUGCUGUAAGGAGAACUCCCUCCAGGCAGUCCAGGAGAGCUAGCAGGCAAGACACACAGGCACUCUACAUCCAAUUACGACCCGGCUGCUUCAGUGGAGAAUCACCAGUCAAGAGAAGGUUCUCGUGCAUCGCACAGAAGCGAGGAAAGACCACCAUCUAUAGCAAGGCAGACAGAUUCUCGUGCUUCUCGUCGCAGCGAUGGGAGGUCCCCUUCUGCUGUAAGGAGAACUCCCUCCAGGCAGUCCAGGAGAGCUAG